AGUGCGUAUGCCUAAUAAUCCUCCUAUUGCCACCUCAAAACAUGCCUAAAGAUAAACUCCCUUCAUACAUUGAUCCGCCGAUAGCCAAUCUCAACCUCCGAAUCUCUAAAGGAAGGAUGGUUACAGCAGGAAAACAUCUGUCUGUAUACAACCAUGCGUGGAAAGUUCUCCAAAAAGAAUGACAAACAUUUCAAAAGUUAGUCUCUCUCCCUCAAUUAUAUUAAGAAGGGGAGAGAACUCUCAUUGCCUGCAUAUCUCUUCGUUUUUAGAAAUUCAAGAAAAUGGGUUGUGGAAAAUCAAAACAUGAUGUUGCAGCUGGAAACACCAUCACCCGUAAGAAAUCUGAUGUGGGUAGCAACAAAAGCAAUUAUAAGGACUUGGAGCCUACAGUCAACGCAAGCAUAUUGGAGGAACAAAAAGAAAAGCAAAUUCCUAGCCAAGAGUCAUCAAAAAAGGUUGUCGCUGGUGUUCGGGAUGUAAAUGUAAUGGUUGUUGCUGGUGUUCAGGAUGGAAAUGUAGAGGCUGUCGCUAGUGAACAAGAUGCAAAUGUAGAGGCUGUCCCUGUUGUACAGGAUGCAAAUGUAGAGGUUGUCGCUAGUGAACAAGAUGCAAAUGUAGAGGCUGUCCCUGUUGUACAGGAUGCAAAUGUAGAGGGUGUCGCUAGUGAACAAGAUGCAAAUGUAGAGGCUGUCGCUGUUGUGCAGGAUGCAAAUGUAGAGGUUGUCGCUAGUGAACAAGAUGCAAAUGUAGAGGCUGUCGCUGUUGUGCAGGAUGCAAAUGUAGAGGUUGUCGCUAGUGAACAAGAUGCAAAUGUAGAGGCUGUCCCUGUUGUACAGGAUGCAAAUGUAGAGGUUGUUGCUGUUGUACAGGAUAUUGCGAAUGAGAAAGAAGAAUUGAAGGGAGGAGGAAAAGAUGUGGAGAUUAAAGAAGAAAGUGUUGUCGAGAAGCAGGAACCAGGAAAGUUGAUUUCAGAAGAGUCGUCAGAUAACGUUUCUGAGGGAAAGUCUGAGGAGAGUUUGUCAAAUGAGAUUGCUAAAUUGGAUGAUGUUGCCAAGGAAACAUUGGUUGAGAAAGAAACAAAACAAGAAGCAGAAAAUGAAGAGCCUCAAGCCAUGAAGCAAGAGAAUGCUGACAAGGAGCCAGAAGUUGCAAACCCUAUAACUGCUGAGCUAGAAGUUGCAAACCCUAUAACUGCUGAGCUAGAAGUUGCAAGCCCUACUACAAAUUAAGAAGCAGGAGACUUCUCAGGUCUAUAUGUUACUGCAUGAAAGAAAUUCAAAUGAACUAAGAGAACACAACUUUUCUGCAAGAUAAGCUGGUGCGUAGGUUCACCAAGAAAGGAUUUGAAGUCAACUUGAGAGGAAAGCCAGGUUAUGUGAAACUUAUAGCUGUAUGCCUUGUAUUUAUUUAUCAAGUAAAUUGUUUUCUAGUUUAUGUGGUAAUUUGCAACAUCCAAUGAAAGAACUCAUCAGAACUGUCAAGAUUAAUCAUAAAUUUGUUAUUCUCUUCUCA